UCAAUUUGCCACACGACCUUUCAGUGUCAGUGGGAAAGAAACCGAUUGGUAUUCACGUAGCUGUAAAUUGCUUAAACAAUUUGUAAAAAUUCAAUUUUUUUCGCAUUUAUUGAGAAUUUAGUGAUACAACUUAAAAAAACAUGAGCGAAGUAAGCAGAGCAGAUAAAUUGAAUUAUGUAAAAUCAAAGAUUGGCGAAUAUCUGGAUUUUCCCAAAAAAGGCAUCGUUUUCCGUGACAUAUUCGGCGCCCUAACCGAUGGCAAAGCGUGUGUUUAUCUGCGGGACUUGCUGGUUGAGCAUAUACGCACCACGCAUCCAGAUGUAGAGCUCAUUGUGGGUCUGGAUUCGCGUGGUUUUUUGUUCAAUCUGCUGCUGGCAACUGAACUGGGCGUGGGCUGCGCGCCCAUACGCAAGAAGGGCAAGCUGGCGGGCGAUGUGGUCUCCGUAGAAUAUAAGCUGGAAUAUGGCUCUGAUACAUUUGAGCUGCAGCGCACAGCUAUCAAGCCUGGUCAAAAGGUGGUUAUUGUGGAUGAUCUUCUGGCUACUGGUGGCUCGCUGUUGGCGGCCAGCGCUUUGGUUCGCAAGCUCGACGGCGUGGUGCUGGAAAGCUUGGUGGUUAUUGAGCUGCUCGGACUCGAUGGCCGCAAGAGGUUGGACUGCGAGGUGCAUUCCCUGAUACAGUACUAAACAAGACAUAGACAUUCCAUAAAUGCAUUUAGAUGGAAUACAUUUUACCUCAAAUUUUUAUAAAUGUUUUAUAAAAUCUGCAAUGAGAAUACUUAAACGAAAUGGUUGUUAAAACAGAACAAAUUAA